UAAAAAAAUCAAACAAAGCUACAAUUUAUUAUUAAAAUAAUAAUUAUAUUUUUUUUUCAAAUGUUUUAAAUAAAUAUAUGUACUAAUUGGAAGUUAGUUGAAGUUGUAUUAAAAAGUGACAAGUAUAUCAAGAAACCUGGUGGUGUCAAGGAUACGGGUUGACGUAAAUUUUCGUAUAUAAAUUGUUGACUUAAACUCAAUUUAAACUCAUUUUAUAUAUAUAUAUAUUUUGACAUCUUGAGAACAACUUAACUUUAUAAAAUAUGUGAUACUGUAUUUAUUUAUAUAUACACAAACACAAAAGUAAUAUAUAUAUGUUAAUAUAAAAUCUGUUGUAUAUAUACAAGGAUAAAAUAGUAAAAACAUACGACUAUUUCAUCGUUAUUUUACUUUGAUACCAUGCGGCUUCUGCUUUGGAAGAUUUUGUUUGUCAUAGCAGUUGGUAAUGACAUGAUACAUGCGCACAGAGCCAAAAGGCUUGUCGCUUUCAAGAAGGGUAGCACAUUCUUCGCAAGGUUGAAUUACAAGAUUGCAUCAGUACCAUGGACAACAAUAUUUGCUCAGGCAACGGGUUUCAAAGCUGCAUGGCACUUGCCAGAUGGUACAAGAACACAAAGAUCCAUUGAUGAUAUACACAGUACAACAGCACUCAUGUAUGAAAGUCAUGGAUUGAAUGGUGCAGCAUGUCUUGCCAGUAAUAUUUGUGAAUUAUUUAAAAAAUCAAAUAAUAAAAAUGGAGUAAUUGGAAAAAUAAUAAAAUUACUUUCUGGUGCAUCAAAUACCAACUGGACUCAUGCUGAGGACUACCCACUCCUCAAUUGUGAACAACACAGAACUCUGUGUCCUCUGCAAUUGAUUGGGGUCGAUGGUUUCACAGAGGCAUAACUAACAGCCCCUUUGUGAUAUUGCCAAAGCCCUAAAUUCUCAUUCUCUCAAAUAACAAUAUAAUUGGAAUAUCUUGAUGUCGUUUGACAGUGUAAUUUAAAAGUCGAUGAAAUUGACUUGUCAAUAUACGACUUGAAUGAUCGGAUAAACGAUUAUGAUAUAUAUGUAUUUAUGUUUAUUUAAAAUUUACUAUACAAGUAUAGUAAUAAAUUACAAAUGUUGUAAAAUUAUUUAACGACUUUUCUUCAUCUCUCUCGGCUGUUAGCCACACGUGAAAUGACACUGAAAAAUUUAGCUACACUUAGUUGAUGCAAACUUUAACCUAUUCAAUUUUAUAUAUUAUGUAUAUAAGAAUUGGUGCCUCACAUUUUACUAUUAUCUUGUUUAUCAUACACUUCAUAUUCUCACACCGAUAUGAUGUUACAACCCGUCAGUUUAUCACAAUAAUAG